AUGGAUGGAGAGGGCUGCCGCUGCGGCUCUGCAGGCACAUGGACCUUCCAUGUGGGGGCAACGCCAGGAGCGGGUAAGCGCCGGCGCUUGACAUCGCCCUCCAGGCACAGCUGGAAUCCCUUUGGCAAAGACAAGCACGCGACGUCACAGCAGAGCAUCGGUGGGUCAGUCUACACGGUGCGGGUCGACAACUCCUACGCCGUCCACCUGGCAGGUGCGAAGCUGCCUCAGCCGACGCCGCUGCCCGUAUUUCCCGCCCCGAUUGCGCUCCAGGUCAACGAUGCCCUGGUGGUGCCUUCGGAUCAGGAUGCGACCUGGCCACUGGCGGGACUGGCCCUGUUGUCUGACCAGACCGGCUCUACACUCAAACACCUCGGUGCUGGGCCCCUGCUCCUGAAUUUCAGCCAGGAGAACGAUGGCCUCGAGUUGGCCUUCUCCUCGAUCAUCCAGGCCCGUGAGAUUCGCAUCAUCGGCGCGAAGCACAUCACUCUCCGUCAGAAUGCCGCCAUCGAUGCCUCCGUGGCUUCGCUCGAGGCAUCGGAGGAAAUCAACGCUCACCAGGGGGCGCUCGGACAAGGGGAAGGGAUCUUCAGCCUCCGAGCCCAGAGGGUCCUGCUCGGCAGUGGGCGGCUCCGUGCGGCCUCCAUCGUCGUGGAGCAGGACCUUGUCUUGAAGCGUGGAAGCCGGCUGCAGUCAAGCCAGCGGCGUUGCGACCAGUUGCCCACCGCACUGACAGAUCCCUGUGGCACGCUCUUGGCAGCGCCUUUCCAGAACCAGACGCUUGCAGACAAUGUCAGCUUCGACAUCGUGCUUGCCAGCAGGCAAGGCAGCAUUGUGGUGGAGGAGGAUGCCGAAAUGUAUGCUGGCGCCUUCCUCCUGUGUGGCACCUCGAACAUCAGCGUGCGGGGCCUGGUCAGUGCGCACGGCCUGGGCUGUGCCCCCAACCGUGGGGAGGGCUUCGGCGCGGCACCGCAGGAACGCACACAGCGAUUGCGUGCAGAGGGCGUCUGCGGAGGGGGAGGUGGAGGUCACUGUGGCAACGGCGGUGACGGCGUGAGCAACAAAACGGGGAAGCGCUGUUCGGGAACGGGAGGCUUGAAGUACGAUGGCUGGUGGACGUCUGAAGUCGCCCGAAGUGCUAAGCCUUCGAGACUUCCGAGCUGGUCUGCAAGCGGCGGUGGUGGAAACACUGCCGGGGCCGGCGGAGGGAUCAUCUGGAUCCGGGCAGCUGUGCUGGAGAUGCCAUCCAACAGUACCAGCAUCUCCGCCAGUGGGGAGGAUGCACCCUCCCGGGCUGACGGAGGCCACGAGGGUUCCGGCGGUGGCGCCGGUGGCACCGUCAUCAUCAAUGCAACGGUCAUCAAUGGCAGUGGCAUGAUCAAGGCAGCUGGCGGCAGAGGAGGUGGCUGCGUAGGAGGUGGUGGUGGUGGCGGAGCCAUCGGCAGUGCCGGCCCGAAUGCCUCCGAGGCUUGGGCAGCCUUCACCGGCAGCCUGGAUGUCCAGGGGGGCAGCGGCGACGUGUCACUGUCCUGUGGCCGCCUGGUGGGCGAGAGGGGCUGUGCUGGAGAGCUACUGCAACUGGGAGUUUGCCGUCCCGGCCAUGCCGGCAUCUACUGUGCCGAGUGCUCGGCAGGUACCUACAACCCGCCACAGGCGCCAGAGAACCUUACGGCUUUGUUUCGCAUGUGCCUGCCAUGCAAGAACAAGCCGACCCAGGGCUACUACACAACCACAGGCUGGCUCAACGAGUCUUGCCCCUACGCCUGCCCGUCUGGCUUCCCUCCCGUGGAGGUGAAUCCGGACUGUGAUGAUCCCUGGAGCUACUACUUCGCCUUCUUCGGCGGUGUUUGGGGCGUCGUAGUCUUGAUCCUGCUGAUGGCGGUGAGCUUCGGCCUCCUCAUCUCCGCGAAGCGGGUCCAGACGCGGCGACGCUUGCAGUGGCUGCAGAAGCAGAGGCACACGGGACGCCAAUUCCUUGGGAUGAACGACGAAGCCAUGUUGCUGUUCGAGUCCUUGCGGGGGAGGCACCCCCUUGCGGAUCUUGACAUUGGUGGAGAUGGUGCUGUCCAUGCGAAUGUCGACGCCGUGAAUAGCCUCCGCAGCCGAACUGUGGGCGAAUCGCGACCGAGAUGGUUUCUGGGCUAUGUCGCGAGCAUCUGGCGGAAGAUUCGCCAGCGCAACCGCCGAGGCUCUGACAUGAAGGAGGCACACUUGCUGAACGUCGGCGAUUUGCCUCAUCACACCCAGCGCAUCUACCUGCAGGGAGAGAACUCUCCAAGGGAUCCCUGGCGGCUCUCGGCCCAACCUCCCGAGGAGCUACGCAGUCUGGUGGACGAGAACCGAUGGGCAGACUUCGCCGCGCAGGUGAAUGUCAGAUGUUUUGUAAGGAUGCGAUCCCAGCUGAUGGCGGAGGGCGUCCUGAGGUGGUUGUAUCUCCCUGUCGCCGAGUACAUCCGGUGGCACCUUCGAUUCUCCAGAGCCGCAGAUGUUGCAGCAUACGUGUGGUCGCUAAGCGAGGCGACGGGUGCGCAAGGAACUCUUUGGUCCCUGAGUAUCCCAAAUCCAAGUCGCUACGGCUUGAAAUUCGGUACAGACCGAGAGAUGACUCUCGCCUACGUGGAUGUCUUAGAUUACUCCAAGACCCUCGAGGACUGGGCCAUCAAGCCCGAUUUGCCCAUGGUGAUCACGGUCGCUGGGGAUGGGGAAUACACGGCCCCGUACCACUUGGACUACGCAGAUCCUUUCGUGCAGUCUGUGGGCCAAUAUCUGGGACGCCGGAUUUGGCACCAGGUACUUCUGCCUUUCAACCUCCUGGCGCGGCUUCUGCCGCCAAAUCCCACGGAAGAGGACCUCAGACCCUUGUUCAGAUCUAUGCAGCGGGUGUCUUCCCGAGUUCUGCUGCAGACGGACAUCGAGUGCCACGCCGUCCUUUUUGAAUCCUUGGUUCCAAAGACGAGCCACAAAGUCGGACGGAGGAGGCCUGGCCCCGAUGUGACGCCCGUGGGCAGACAAAGUUCCUGGGACAUCCAUGUGGAAGCCGCGAUGCAGAUCGAGUCGAAUCGUACAAGCAUUUCGGGCUUGAACUCCGAGCUGAAGACACCCUCAGGGAUCUUAACGCCAACGCAGCCGGUGGAGCACACCAUGCGACGAAGACUAGCGCUGGUACUGACUCAGCGGACCCAUCAUCCGUCUGCAUCGUCCAGAUUGUCAGCCCCACCAAGCACAGCCAAGCUUCGCGCUGUCAUGCCAGCCCCGUUGGCAUGCUUGGUCUCUCCGACGGAGUGCCUCAACUUUGUCCAGCACUCUCCCGGCUUUUGCCCAUCACCGAUGCCUGAUGUGCCAGAGCUCCCGGAGCUGAUGGAGCUGGAACGAAGUGGCUCUUCCACAUACCAAGACUUCGACAGCAUGCUGAG